AUGGCUUCCCCGCGGAGCUCCGGGCAGCCCGGGCCGCCGCCACCGCCGCCACCGCCGCCCGCGCGCCUGCUGCUGCUACUGCUGUUGCCCCUGCUGCUGCCGCUGGCGCCCGGGGCCUGGGGCUGGGCGCGGGGCGCCCCCCGGCCGCCGCCCAGCAGCCCGCCGCUCUCCAUCAUGGGCCUCAUGCCGCUCACCAAGGAGGUGGCCAAGGGCAGCAUCGGGCGCGGCGUGCUCCCCGCCGUAGAACUGGCCAUCGAGCAGAUCCGCAACGAGUCACUCCUGCGCCCCUACUUCCUCGACCUGAGGCUCUACGACACCGAGUGUGAUAAUGCGAAAGGGUUGAAAGCCUUCUACGAUGCAAUAAAAUACGGGCCAAACCACUUGAUGGUAUUUGGAGGCGUCUGUCCAUCCGUCACAUCCAUCAUUGCAGAAUCCCUCCAAGGCUGGAAUCUGGUACAGCUUUCCUUUGCUGCGACCACGCCUGUCCUAGCGGAUAAGAAAAAGUACCCUUACUUCUUUCGGACGGUGCCAUCAGACAACGCGGUGAAUCCCGCCAUCCUCAAGCUGCUCAAGCACUACCGGUGGAAGCGCGUGGGCACCCUGACGCAGGACGUGCAGAGGUUCUCCGAGGUGAGGAACGACCUGACCGGGGUUCUGUAUGGUGAGGACAUCGAGAUUUCAGACACCGAGAGCUUCUCCAAUGAUCCCUGCACCAGUGUCAAAAAGCUUAAGGGGAAUGACGUGCGCAUCAUCCUUGGCCAGUUUGACCAGCAUAUGGCAGCCAAAGUGUUCUGUUGUGCAUACGAGGAGAACGUGUAUGGCAGCAAAUACCAGUGGAUCAUCCCGGGCUGGUACGAGCCUUCCUGGUGGGAGCAGGUGCACACAGAGGCCAACUCAUCACGCUGCCUCCGGAAGAAUCUGCUUGCCGCCAUGGAGGGCUACAUCGGUGUGGACUUCGAGCCCCUGAGCUCCAAGCAGAUCAAGACCAUCUCAGGAAAGACUCCCCAGCAGUAUGAGAGAGAGUACAACAACAAGCGGUCAGGAGUGGGGCCCAGCAAGUUCCACGGGUACGCUUACGACGGCAUCUGGGUCAUCGCCAAGACGCUGCAGAGGGCCAUGGAGACGCUGCAUGCCAGCAGCCGGCACCAGCGGAUCCAGGACUUCAACUACACGGACCACACGCUGGGCAGGAUCAUCCUCAAUGCCAUGAAUGAAACCAACUUCUUUGGGGUCACGGGUCAAGUUGUGUUCCGGAAUGGAGAGAGGAUGGGGACCAUUAAAUUCACUCAAUUUCAAGACAGCAGGGAGGUGAAGGUGGGAGAGUACAAUGCUGUGGCCGACACGCUGGAGAUCAUCAAUGACACCAUCAGAUUCCAAGGAUCCGAACCACCAAAAGACAAGACCAUCAUCCUGGAGCAGCUACGCAAGAUCUCCCUACCUCUCUACAGCAUCCUCUCUGCCCUUACCAUCCUUGGAAUGAUCAUGGCCAGCGCUUUCCUCUUCUUCAACAUCAAGAAUCGGAAUCAGAAGCUGAUAAAGAUGUCGAGUCCAUAUAUGAACAACCUUAUCAUUCUUGGAGGAAUGCUCUCCUACGCAUCUAUAUUUCUCUUCGGCCUUGAUGGAUCCUUUGUCUCUGAGAAGACCUUUGAAACACUUUGCACUGUCAGGACCUGGAUUCUCACCGUGGGCUACACAACAGCCUUUGGAGCAAUGUUUGCAAAGACCUGGAGGGUCCAUGCCAUCUUCAAAAACGUGAAAAUGAAGAAGAAGAUCAUCAAGGACCAGAAACUACUUGUGAUCGUUGGGGGCAUGCUGCUGAUUGACCUGUGCAUCCUGAUUUGCUGGCAGGCUGUGGACCCCCUGCGAAGGACAGUGGAGAGGUACAGCAUGGAGCCGGACCCAGCAGGACGGGACAUCUCCAUCCGCCCUCUCCUGGAGCACUGUGAGAACACCCACAUGACCAUCUGGCUCGGUAUCGUCUAUGCCUACAAGGGGCUUCUCAUGUUGUUCGGUUGUUUCUUAGCUUGGGAGACCCGCAACGUCAGCAUCCCUGCACUCAACGACAGCAAGUACAUCGGGAUGAGCGUCUACAAUGUGGGCAUCAUGUGUAUCAUUGGGGCCGCCGUCUCCUUCCUCACCCGGGACCAGCCCAACGUGCAGUUCUGCAUCGUGGCCCUGGUCAUCAUCUUCUGCAGCACCAUCACCCUCUGCCUGGUGUUUGUGCCCAAGCUCAUCACUCUGAAGACAAACCCAGACGCAGCCACUCAGAACAGGCGCUUCCAGUUCACUCAGAAUCAGAAGAAAGAAGACUCUAAAACGUCCACCUCAGUCACCAGUGUGAACCAAGCGAGCACAUCCCGCCUGGAGGGCCUGCAAUCAGAAAACCAUCGCUUGCGAAUGAAGAUCACAGAGCUGGAUAAAGACUUGGAAGAAGUCACCAUGCAGCUGCAAGACACACCAGAAAAGACCACCUACAUUAAACAGAACCACUACCAAGAGCUCAAUGACAUCCUCAACCUGGGGAACUUCACUGAGAGCACAGAUGGGGGAAAGGCCAUUUUAAAAAAUCACCUCGAUCAAAAUCCCCAGCUACAGUGGAACACGACAGAGCCUUCUCGAACGUGCAAAGAUCCUAUAGAAGAUAUAAACUCCCCAGAACACAUCCAGCGCCGGCUGUCCCUCCAGCUCCCCAUCCUCCACCACGCCUACCUCCCGUCCAUUGGAGGCGUGGAUGCCAGCUGUGUCAGCCCCUGCGUCAGCCCCACCGCCAGCCCCCGCCACAGACAUGUGCCACCCUCCUUCCGAGUCAUGGUCUCGGGCCUGUAA